GCCUUGCAAUUCGCGUGGACCCCUCUUACUCCUCGCGACGAACGUGAUGUGAUUGGACGAUUAUUUUGCUGUCGUUCUCGGUGGAUUGCUUGCCGCUGUUGUUGUCGUUAUCACGGGGUUGGCCAUUUUGGUGCCGUCAGGGGUCAGCUGUCGGUGCUCCAUAUGCUCGAAGCUUCACCGAUUGCGUCCAUUCCUCGUGCGUGCCUUCUUUCGUUAUUUCGCCCUUUUGUUUGUUGCUUGUUUUGUGCCCUGCCAUGGACUGGAAACACGAGACCGUUCCCUCAUCAACACCCCCCCACAAUCAUUCCGUAUCGAACUGGCGCGUCGGCAAGCGUCUCGUGGUCCCUGUCGGUGUCAAGUCGAGUCGCAACUUGGACACAAAAAGCGCCCGCGCUUUGAGAAGUUGGCAGUUGAGAUAAAUCGAUACAAUACAGCCUAGAAUAACUCAAAAUCUUCGAACUUUGAGCACCGUUUAUGAGCUCGGUUAAGGAGCCAUACACUUGAGAGCUAUUUUGCGGUUCAUCCGUCUCAUGACCCUAGGAACUAAGACCCCCAGCCUCUGCCGAAAGUGCUAUUUUGCGCUUCAUCCGUCUCAUGACUCUAUAGGAACUAAGACCCCCAGCCUCUGCCGAAAGUGCUAUUUUGCGCUUCAUCCGUCUCAUGACCCUAGGAACUAAGACCCCCAGCCUCUGCCGAAAGUGCUAUUUUGCGCUUCAUCCGUCUCAUGACCCUAUAGGAACUAAGACCCCCAGCCUCUGCCGGAGGUACCAAGAGGUGCUUUUGAGUACGGGCGCAAAGUGUAUUUUGAGACCUAUUCAGUUAGACUCGCGGUGUGGAGCGUUUGGGCCUCACGAGUUUGGUCCUGCGGCCUCUUGUUCCGUUCUUGUUUGUUGUCGCCCUAGGUGUGCUGUUUUGUCCCCGCCCCCCACCCCCUCUGCCCCAUGGCUUUUGGUGCAGUGCUUAUAAGCGGCGUAUUCGGGGAUCGCAAACGUCGCGCGCGUUGCCGACCUUAUUUUUGAAAUAACACUUUUGUCGUUUCUUUGCCUUGACUGUGAGUUGGUCGCAGAGGAUUAUUUGCCGGCGAAAAGGUCGAUUCAGGGCGUCGAAGCAGGGCGUCGGUUUUCCCGUGGCUAGUUAUUGUAUUUGCUGGCCACGUUGGUGCACAUGUCAUGUGUGUGUGCGUGGUCUUUUAGUAUCGAUUUCACGGAAGGUGUUUCUUUUUGGUCUCCUUUGUUGCAGGUGGAGCGGCGAAACUGGGUCAAGGUGGAGGCGGUGAACGCCAAGGGGAAGAAGGUGAAGAAGAAAUACACCGACUGGACCGCUAGAAUAUUCCAGCACGAGUACGACCACUUGGACGGGACGGUGUACAUCGACCACCUCUCGCCGCCCGAGAGGGAAAAGGUGCAACCCGUGCUAGACAAGCUCGUGAGCGACUUCGGUGAGGACGGAGCGUUGUGAUUUCCGCUAUGGUCACGCGGAUCCAACAACAAAACCAACACAAGGGGGCAUGCACGAGAGAGGGGGGGAGGGGGUAGAGAUAGAGAGAGAUCCGUUCUG